AAAAAAGCUCAAAAACCAUACAAAAGAACAUCCACAUCAACUGGUCUGGAUCUUUAUUCGAUAGACACAAUUGUUAUAGGACCAGGAAAGGUAGAUAUCAUCCCUACUAAAAUAGAUUAUAAGAUACCUGACAAUCAUUUUAGACAAAUAUCAACCAGGUCUAAUUUUGCACUUAGAGAAACCGUAAAAACCGUAAUUAUCGGAGGAGUGAUUAACUCAGAUUAUCAAGGGGAAAUAAAGGUAAUUAUGAUCAAUCUAGGAAGAAAAUCCUUAACUAUCGAUAAGGGAAAAAAGAUGGCACCAUUGCUAUUAAUACCAAUAUAUGUGGCCCAACUGGAGAAAGGACAGGCUCCAACCGAAUUGACAGUGUAG